AUGCCGACCGUACAACCCCCCACCGAUGCCGUUGUCAGUCUAUUGCAUGCUUCUAUCUGUGGUACCAUUCUACAUAUCCCCAAAGGCGAUAUCCCAAACGCACAGCCCAAGUUGGUGCUGGGCCACGAGAGCGUCGAGGUCAUUGAGACCCCAAGCUCAGUGAUCCAUAAUUUAGUCGCCGACCGUGUUUUUAUCUCUUGUAUGGCCUCCAAGCUAUCCCUUCACACUAUAGAACGGGCGGCGGACGCUGUGAGGCUGUAUCGAAGGAACCUAGGCCGAGCACGUUGGUGGUCCUCACGUCACCCUUUCCCUGCAUCCGCUGACUGA